UGAACAGAAAAUCACUGACACCUAAACAAUGCAAAGUGAAAAUUUAUGUUAGCUUACAAAAAAAGCAAAGGGGAACAACUCAAUUACUGAAUGCCCAAAUAUCAUAAUUCAAGGCAGGCUAGAACGUGUUGAGCAGCAGAAUGGAUAUGGCCAGGAGCAUAUUCGGCAGGGACCACGAUGGUUACGUGGGCCGUGCAGAACAUACGCGCAAAAUGCAAAACUUGGGCUCGGAAGACGAUCUGGGCGAGCUGCCGCCAAUGAUGGAAGAACUGAGCGUGGCCGAUGGCGUUAGACCGAACCCUGGGGGGCCAUUCUCCGCUCUGACUGCCUCCAUGUGGCCGCAGGAGAUCCUUGCCAAGCUUGGCAGUGAGGCUGAGUUGGGCUCGGGGCCCAACGACCAGCCCGAGUAUCGUUUCGAUGAGUUUGGGUUUCGCGUGGAGGAGGAGGACGGACCCGAGCAAAGCUCAAAUAAACUGCUUGGCAUACCGUUUGUGGAGGAUGCGCAGCAGCGAAUGCAGUGGAUAGCCCAUCUGGAGUUCUCGCACAACAAGGAGGCCACGGAGCUCACUUGGGAGCAUGUGGAUGUGAUGCUGCCGCGCACCGAGAAGCUGCGCAACAUGGUGCGACAGGGAAUUCCACACACACUGCGCGCUCAGAUGUGGAUGCGACUCUCGGGUGCAUUGGCCAAGAAGCAGAAGAGCGAGACGAGCUACCAGGACAUUGUUAAGGCUUCCAGCAACGACCAACUGAUGACAUCGAAGCAGAUCGAAAAGGACCUGCUGCGCAUACUGCCCACAAACGCGUGCUUCAGCAAUCCCAAUGGCACGGGCAUUCCUCGCCUGCGUCGCAUCCUGCGUGGCAUUGCGUGGCUCUUCCCAGACAUUGGCUACUGCCAGGGCACGGGCGUCAUUGUCGCGUGCCUGCUGCUGUUCAUGGAGGAGGAGAAUGCCUUCUGGAUGAUGGCCACCAUUGUGGAGGAUCUGCUGCCCGCCUCGUACUACAGUUCCACGCUGCUGGGCAUCCAAGCGGACCAGCGCGUCAUGCAGACGCUCAUCGCCAAUUACCUGACCAACGUGGACGAGUCGCUCAAGAAGCACGACAUUGAGUUGUCGCUGAUUACGCUCCACUGGUUCCUCACGGUCUUCGCCAAUGUCGUGCACAUGAAGAUUCUCGUCCGGAUAUGGGACUGGUUCUUCUACGAGGGAUCCAUUGUGCUCUUCCAGCUCACCCUGGGAAUGCUCAAGGUCAAGGAGCAGGAGCUAAAGCACCUGGAGAACUCUGCCCAGAUCUUCAAUUCCCUUUCGGACAUUCCGGGCGAGGUCACCGAUGUGGAAGUGCUCUUCAGCCAGGCCCUGGAGGUGGGCGGCUCGCUCAGUCAGACGGUGAUUGACACGCAUCGACGUCGCCACCUGGCCUACCUCAUGGCCGAUCAGGGGCAUCAAAUAGGCAAUCCCGAGGCCACAUCGAAUCUGCCCAAGCAGCAGCUAGCCAGGAGGCAGGUGCGUAAAAGCAAAUCCAUACUGGAGGCAUUCCUCUUCCGCGGCGACGGCUCCGAGGCUGACCAGCUGAAGAACAAGAACAUACGCCAAACGGAGAUCCUGGUGGAUCUGCGCGAGGCCAUACUAAAGGUGGGGCGGCACUUCAUCACGAUUGAGCCCAAGCUGGCGGGGCACAUCCAGCUGACGGCGAACUACAGCAGCGAAUCGCAUGCCAAGGACCACGAGAAUUUCAUCAAUGUGGCUCGAACGCGCAAGCGGCGCGCCAAGGCGCUGCACGACUUUGAGCGGCACGACGACGACGAGCUGGGCUUCAGACGCAACGACAUCAUUACCAUCAUCAGCCAGAAGGAUGAGCACUGCUGGGUGGGCGAGCUGAACGGACUGCGGGGCUGGUUUCCCGCCAAGUUCGUGGAGCUGCUGGAUGAGCGCAGUAAGCUGUACACCUCCGCCGGCGACGAUGCCAUCUCCGAGACGGUGACGGAUCUGGUACGUGGCACACUGGCGCCAGCCAUCAAGGCCUUCCUGGAGCACGGCAUGAAGCGGCCCUCGUUCCUCGGCGGACCCAUCCACCCCUGGCUGUACAUCGAGGAGGCGGCCACUCGUGAAGUGGAAAAGGACUUUGAGAGCGUCUACAGCCGCCUGGUGCUGUGCAAAACUUAUCGUCUGGACGAGGAUGGCAAGGUGUUGACGCCCGAGGAGCUGCUCUACCGCUGCGUGCAGGCCAUCAAUCAGACGCACGACGAUGCCCACGCUCAGAUGGAUGUCAAGCUGCGCUCCCUCAUCUGCCUGGGCCUCAACGAACAGGUGCUACAUCUCUGGCUGGAGGUGCUCUGCGCCUGCCAGGAGGUGGUGCAGAAAUGGUACCACACCUGGAGCUUCAUCGACUCCCCCGGCUGGGUGCAGAUCAAGUGCGAGCUGCGGAUACUCUCGCAGUUUGCCUUCAAUCUGAAUCCAGACUGGGAGCUGCCGCCGAAGCGUGGCAAGGAGUCGCAGCCGCUGAAGGACGGUGUGCGCGACAUGCUCGUCAAGCAUCAUCUCUUCUCGUGGGAUCUGUGAGGCUUAACCCUAAACAGUCCGCAAAUCAAUCUGAACAAAAACAGUAUCUCAAUCGCCGCGUAAUCUUCUACUACUCUAUGAUUCUUUUCCACAUGUGCAAUCACUAGGUCUAGGUCUAGGGACCUUCUAGAUUUCAGCUUUUAUAUAUGUACUUAAGUGCUUUACCUUACCACCUAUCGUAUAUAUGUAUGUAUCCUGUAAUUAUAUCUCUUUAGCUACUAUAAUUGUAACUACUUAUGCACUAUGCAUAGCUCUUGUUCGUUUAUCCAUCCAUCCACAUUGGUAGCUACACUUUUCACACACACACACACAACAAACUAAAAAAAAAUUACAAAUGUAAACGUACCUCUUUCAAUCGAAAUCAAAUCUUAUAAAGUACAUAUUUAUUACUAUA